AAAAAGGCGUAGUAAAUACCGCCAUUCUCCACAUGGCAAGCUAGAGAAUUUCCUGUGCUAUUUCUAGCGGACACGCAGAUAUCAAUGGCUAAUGGUAUCAGGCUGUUCAGACAGAUAGCAACAAGCGACGACGAGGGUGAAGCAGCGCCGCCGCUGUCGCGGCAGAAUUCUCAGAAACCAAAGAAAAUGCUGCUCGGGGAGGAUUACGAAGAAGAAGAAGAGCUGCAGAAUCGGGAGGGAGAGGAGAGUGGUGGAGAGAAGCGGAAGGUGAACAAGAGGAAAGCGGUGGAGGAUGUAGAGGAGAGAGAGAUGGGGGAGGAAGAAUGCGAAGAUAAUAGUAAGAGGAAUAGGAAGAAGAAGAAAGCGGUGGAAGAGGUGGAGCCGGAAGCGGAACCCUCGGCCGGGGAGGAGGAGCAAGAUGAGCCGCAGGAGGACGCCAAACCCGUUGGAGAUGUCCUUAGGGUUAGUGGCAAAGGCCGAGGACGGAGGAAACACUACGACGCCUUCGAGUAUGAUGGAUUUCGUUAUGAUCUAGAAGAUCCAGUGCUCUUAGUUCCUGCGGAGCCAAAUCAGAAACCUUAUGUUGCUAUUAUUAAGGAUAUUUCCCAGACCAGCAAAGGGGGCAUGAUGGUUACUGGACAGUGGUUUUAUCGACCUGAGGAGGCAGAAAGUAGAACAGGUGCAAACUGGCCUUCACGUGAUACGAGGGAAUUGUUUUAUAGCUUUCACCGUGAUGAGGUUCCUGCAGAGUCUGUCAUGCACAAGUGUGUUGUACAUUUUAUCCCCUUAAACAAACAGAUUCCAAAUCGCAAGCAACAUCCUGGUUUUUUCGUCCAAAGAGUCUAUGACACCGAGCAGAUGAAUCUUUUUAAGUUAACAGAUAAGGAUUAUGAAGAUAGCAAGCAGCAUGAGAUUGAUCUCCUUGUUCAGAAAACAUUUUCGCGACUUGGAGAUCUUCCUGAUAUUGUGCUCGAGGAUGCUGCAGCUGUACAGGAAGAUCAUUUGUUUAAGAGUAAACGUCUUUUGAGGAAAAAGAGCAUCCCAUCUUUGGAUGUCUCUAGAAAGGAUGAUGCACCCAGUAGAUAUGGCCAAUUUCUAAAGGCAGAAACACCAGGAAGCUGUGUAGACACUGCAUCAGAGUAUUUCAAAAUACUUUCAGAUUUCAAUGCACUUACUGGUGAAAAACACCGUGACAAGUGGUUGGAAAAGCUGCUUCAAGCUAUUCAGUUUAUGAGUAACCCUGGGGGUAGUGGUAAGGAUGAUGCUAAAGAAAAAGGUGUUUCUGAUGUCACUGAUCUUACAAGUAAAACUAGUUCCUCAAACCUUGUAAAUGAGUCUGAAGAAAACAAGUCAAAUGGAGAUGCAAAUAUUUGUUGGCGAGACACUGCUGUUCCUGCAGUAGUUGCUGUCGAGAAAGCUGCACAUGAAGCACUUUCGUCUGAUUUCCAGAAGUACAACCAAAAGAUGCGGCAGUUAUCUUUUAAUUUUAAGAACAACGUGCAAUUAGCCCAACGGCUUUUAAAUGGGGAGUUGGAAGCAUAUCAAAUAUUGAACAUGUCGCCAAAUGAGUUAAAAGAGGGAUUGACAGCAGAAGAGAUUGCACGCAGGAAGCCUGAUGAGCAAGAGCUCAUACAGAUGACUGAUGCUCGGUGCAACAGAUGUACUGAGAAACAAGUGCGUCUCUUAGAAAUCAUUCAAACGGGACAUGGGGACCGUUAUCAGCUGGAGUGUGGACCUUGUGGUAAUACCUGGUACGCAUCAAGAGACGAAGUUGCAACGCUCACUAUACAUGAGCAAACCGCCAGAAAAAAUGUUGGCACUGAACCAUUGGUCACUCCAACUUUCGAGGACAGAGAGAAGUUGGCUAAUGCCCAUACAGACGAGGAAGAAGGCAAUGACGUUCUUAAGAAAUCAACGGAGGCUGGGCUGGAUAGUCAGAAACCACUCGACGAAGCUAGACCCGAAGAUAACUCGGCUGCUAACAAUGGCGAGUGACCAUGCUACUAGUUUCUGGCCGGCCGGCUUCAAUACACCAGGAGAGGUAAACCACACUAGGAAGAUCCUAUAUGAUGAGUUGGAUUGAGAGGGUGUUAGCAAGAAUUGAACUGCACUAGGAAGAUCUUAUGUGAUACUUCACCUACUCGAUCACCUUUUUCGGUGUUAGUUGUGCAUUAUAUUGAAAGUUUGUUGAGGUGGAGUGCAGUACCCAGGUGAUAACCAAGCAAAUUUUGCUUAGGAGUUUGAAAUUUUUACAUCACUUCAUAGUAAGAUUAGAGAUGCACUAUUAGAAAACCACAAGGAUACAAGGCAUAAUUAUACAAUGAAAAAGAGUAUAGCUUAUA